GCAGCACCCGACGCUCCGCACCCCGUACCCGACACCGGCUGGGCCCGCCCGCGGCGUGGGGGCGGCCGCGGGGCGCGGCGCGGAGCCGUUGCCCACGAGAGGUGCAGCUCCGCGCGGGCGGCGGCUGAGGCAGACGGACGGAGCGGCGGACGGGAGGGGGAACGGGACGAUUUGGACAUGCUCAUUCUAAGGCGCUGGGUUGCCUGCAUCCAGCUCGUCUGUAUCAUCCGAGCGGAUUUGGUAUACGGAUACUACAGACAGCAGCGGAAGUUGACUGAAGAAGUUGAUUGGUCAUAUACAGGAACUCUGAACCAAACGGACUGGGGAAAAAAAUAUUCAGCUUGCAAUGGUGCCAAACAAUCUCCUAUUAAUAUAGAUGAAGACCUUACCCAAGUGAAUGUGAAUCUAAAGAAACUUAAAUUCCAUGGGUGGGAAAAGGAAACUGGAGAAGAUACUUUCAUUCGCAACAAUGGCAAAACAGUGGAGAUUAACCUGACAAAUGAUUACUAUGUAAGUGGAGGUGGCUUAGAUACUGUAUUCAAAGCAAGCAAGAUCAUUUUUCACUGGGGAAAAUGCAAUGCGUCAUCGGAUGGAUCAGAACAUAGCUUGGAAGGACAAAAAUUUCCUCUUGAGAUGCAAAUCUACUGCUAUGAUGGAGAUCUAUUUACAGACUUCGAAGAGGCAAUUAAAGGAAAUGGAAAGUUAAGAGCUUUAUCAAUUUUGUUUGAGAUUGGAGUAGAAGAUAAUCCGGAUUAUAUUCCAAUCAUUAAUGGAGUAGAUAGCGUUAGUCGUUUUGGAAAACAGGCUGCCUUAGAACCAUUUGUUUUGCUGAACCUUUUACCGAAUGCAACAGACAAAUAUUACACUUACAAUGGGUCUUUAUCAACUCCUCCCUGCUCAGAAACAGUUGAAUGGAUUGUGUUCAAAGAUACUAUUAGUAUUUCGGAGCACCAGUUAGCAGUGUUCUGUGAAGUCCUUACGAUGCAGCAGUCUGGCUAUGUGAUGCUGAUGGACUAUCUGCAAAACAACUUUCGAGAGCAGCGAUAUAAGUUUUCUGGGCAAGUGUUUUCCUCUUACACUGGACAAGAAGAAAUUCAUGAAGCAGUUUGCAGCUCAGAACCUGAAAAUGUCCAAUCUGAUCCAAAGAAUUAUACCAGUCUUCUGGUUACAUGGGAAAGACCUCGGGUUGUGUAUGAUACCAUGAUUGAGAAGUUUGCUGUCUUUUAUCAACAGUUGGAUGGAGAAGACCAGACUAAGCAUGAGUUUCUGACAGAUGGGUAUCAGGACUUGGGAGCUAUUCUAAAUAAUCUGCUGCCCAAUACAAGUUAUGUUCUUCAGAUAGUUGCUGUUUGCUCUAAUGGUCUGCACGGAAAAUACAGUGACCAAGUCAUUGUUGAUAUGCCUUUAGAGGACCAAGAGACUGACCUCAUUCCUGAACUGAAUGAAACUGAAGAUUAUGAGGAUGAAGCUGAUGAAAAAGAAACAGAGAUGGAUGAAGAAACUGCAGUGAUUCCUAGCACUGACAGUGCAAUAAAACAAAUAAAGAGGAAAGAUUUCCGAGUGACUACAUCAAGCUACAGUCAAGAUAACACGGGGACAAAAUCUAAUGAAGCUAAAAUAAAUAGAUACUUAACAAGAGAAGAAUUGCCUGGUAAGGAUGAUGCUUUCAAAGCAGUUUAUUAUCCUACUUCUCCAUCUGUCAGUGAAACUUCUGAAGAAGAUACUUUUUUGGAAUCCCAAACGAUUACUGAAACUCCUCCUCAAUUCAUUGACUCCACCAAAGGCAUAGAAGAAGAAUACAUAUACCUUUCUUCAGGCACUGAACCAACCAGGAUAACCACUACAGGCCAUAGUGGUGAAGAUUUCUCAUUGUCUCCUUUUAAACCUGAUCAGGAAUCUGAUGACUUUUGGAGUUCAGUUCUCACCACUUCUUCAGCACAUCCAGUUACAGAGGAGACCUCCCAAGAAGACAUCCUUCCUUCAGGAAGCCCAGAUAUAAGCAUGCAUGAUGUCCUUUACCAAGGCUCUGUUAAAUAUGUUUCAGAAGGUGCAUCACCCCCAAGCUCUGAUGAGCCUCCAAAGCAUAUGUCUUCCACUGAUGGGAAUGUGUGGUUUCGUAAGGCUACGGAGCUGACAACUCAGUCUGUUGGUACAUCGGAUAGCAGUCAUUUGUCUCAGACCAGUUACUCUGAGGCUUACGUAGAGGGAUCAAAGCCAGCUACAGUGCCCUAUUCCGGCAGCCCAGUGGUUUCACAGGACACGUCAGAUGCGGAUUUAGAAUUGCCACAUUAUUCUACCUUUGCUUUCUCCUCUGCUGAAUUAUCACCUCACUCUCUCUCUUCAAGCUCUGGAGAAUAUGGUUCUGCUUCUGCUGCCAGUGAGGUACUCUCUCAGACAACUCAACCAAUCUAUAAUGGUGAGAUACCUCUUCAACCUUCCUACAGUAGUGAAGUGUUUCCUCUAGUCACCCCUUUAUUGUUUGACUCUCAGAUGCUCGACACUACCCCUGCUACAUCAGAUAGUGAUGUGACCUUGCAUGCUACACCUGUAUUUCCCAGUGUUGAUGUGUCAUUUGAACCCACCCUGUCUUCCUAUGAUGAUGUACCUUUGCUUACAUUUUCCUCUGCUUCCUCCAGUAGUAAAAUGUUUCACCGUCUGUACACAGUUUCUCAAAUGUUUCCACAAAGUGCUACUCCAGCUGUUGCAAGUUAUAAGGUGUCCCUGCAUGCUUCUUUGACGUUGGCAGAGGGUGAUACAUUAAUACAGCCAAGCCUUGCUCAAUAUGCUGAUGUGGUGUCACAUCAGACCACUCGCGCUGCUUCAGAGACACUGAUAUUUGGUCAUAAUAGAACUCACAUAUUUUCUGAAGUCGAACCAUCCAGCAGUGAUUUAAAUGUGCAUGUACUAUCUACAAUGUCUGAACAUCCUUAUGCUUUGUCUAGUAAUGCGGGCUCCCUCCAAAGCUUUACUGUUUCUUAUGACUCUGCAGAAUUUGUGCAUGGUUCUGUUGACGUAUUUCAUCAGGAUCCUUUAUUUAGCAGCUAUAACAAUGUACUGGUGCAUAAACCUUCCUCUGUAACAUCACAAGCUGAUACUUGGCUGCAGCCUACACGCUCUCUAUCUAGUGAUAUGGAUUGGUCUGAAGCAUACUCUGGUAGUGAGUCCCUUUUGCCUGACACAGACACUUUGACCGUAAAUAAUGCUUCUUCCUCUGAUUCUGUAGAUGAAAUUACAUAUGAAUCAUCUGGUUUUAGUGAUGUUAAUAAGGUGCUUCAAAAAGGUGGUGUUGUAUAUGGAGAUGAGAAAGAACUGCAAAUUUCUUCUUCUUUAAGAGAAAUGGCUUCCAGUGCUGAAAGUAAAGUGAUACCUGAACGUUCUACAUCUGUUUCUAAUAAUGAUGUAAUUAAGCAGACCACGUCUCUGCAAGAAAGCCUACUUCCUGUUUCUAGCACAAAGGGAAUCCUUCCAGUCUCUCUUGCUUUUCCCACUACUAAGGUAUUUGAUUAUGAUAUUAGUAAACUUACAGAAAAUCGCCUUUCCGUUCAGCCUUUGCAUGUUGCAUCUGCAGCCUCUGAUGACACUUUGCUUAGACCUAUGCUUAGUGCAAUCUCAGAACAAGCUGUCUCUGCCCCUGCUUAUAGUAAAACGUUAUCCUCGACUCAGCCGUACUUUUAUGAGGCCUCAGCUGCAUUAAAUAAUGACGCAUUACUGCAGUCCUCCUUCCAGUCUUCUGGCGAUGGCACUCUGCUUAACACAGCUGCAGUUGUGCCGAGUGAUCCAAUAUUGGCUGAAAGCUCCAGGGUUUAUAAAGAUAGUUCUGCAUUUGACCAAAUAUUGCAUCAAAUGGCACCAGGUUCUGCUACAAAUGAAACUAUGCUGCCUUCUGCAUCUCUACCUUCCAUUGCUGAUAUGUUGUCAAACGCUUUUAGUAAGCCCACAGCGUCACUUCAAGGUUUACCUGUUUCUUAUGCAAGUGAGGAGUAUGUUUCAUCCAGCUUGUUUAACAGUGAAGAUGUUCAGCAGGCUAUGCCUUCGUUGUACAGUAGUGAUGUUUCGUUCCAGCUGACCAGUUUAGAAAACGCAAAUACCUUUCCCCCCCAAGCAGCAGAUGCAGUAACAACUCCCUUCCUAACAGCUGAUGCAUUACCUCAUGUAGCUACUCCUCCAGACAGCCAUACCUCUGCAAGUGUUUUUGAACGAAGUGAGACUGCCAGUGUCUCUUCAAGUUCUCCAUUUGGUUUUGAUCCUGUGCAAAUGCCAGCAGUGGUUUCUGAUUCUGAUGUGUCCAUUCGUCACACCUUUCCUUUACCAAGUGCACAUAUUUCUGUCACAGCUGUUCCUCCCAAAAGUAAGAGCCCUGUAACUUUGAGUAGGUUACUGGUUCCUUCUAGAGAAUCUUCUGGGUUGUCUCCUAGUGUCAUGACCAGUACCGAUUUGUGGCCUUCUGUAGUUGAGGAUGACUACGAUGAGUAUGACGAUGGCUUCCCCAUAAGUAACUGUAUCUCAUGCUCUUCCCAUAGAGAAGAUGAGGAUAUGGUAGUAGAGGAGCAAAAUGCAGAGGUAAACAAUAACAACCUAAUUAUAAGCUCACAUUCUGGGAAACCUGAAGAAGAAGAGAGAAUUUCGACUGCUGCAUCAGACAGGCAGAUAAACUAUGCCACGGACAGACAUAAUUAUACAUCUGUACCAUCUCUGACAGCAAGUGUGAUACCUGAGAAGCACAGCGACCCGACAUUUUUGGAGAACCAUAUUCAAACUGCUAGUGUCCCAUUGCAAAACACAUCAGAGUCUAAGUCUUGGGCUGUUUUUACAAGUGAUGAAGAAAGUGGUUCUGGCCAAGGUACCUCAGAUAGCCUUAAUGAUAAUGAAACAUCAACAGAUUUCAGUUUUCCUGACCUUAAUGAGAGAGACACUGAAGUGGCAGUUGAAGCAGGUAACUCAGAAUUAACUCCUGGAUCAUCACAGUCAUCAGCCUCAUCUGUAUCUAGCGAUCACUCAUCAGUAUUCAACACCUCUGAGGCAGAGGCAAGUAAUAGUAGCCAUGAGUCUCGUAUCGGUCUAGCUGAGAGUCUGGAAUCAGAGAAGAAGACAGUUAUACCACUUGUGGUCGUAUCCGCCCUGACUUUUAUCUGUCUAGUGAUUCUUGUGGGUAUUCUCAUAUACUGGAGGAAAUGUUUCCAGACUGCUCACUUUUAUUUGGAAGAUAACACGUCACCUCGAGUGAUUUCUGCUCCCCCUGCUCCAGUCUUCCCAGUCUCAGAUGAUGUUGGAGCAAUUCCAAUAAAGCAUUUUCCAAAACAUGUUGCAGAUUUACAUGCAAGUAAUGGUUUUUCUGAAGAAUUUGAGACACUGAAAGAGUUUUAUCAGGAAAUCCAGAGCUGUACUGUAGAUCUAGGUAUUACGUCAGACAGCUCUAAUCACCCUGACAACAAGAAUAAGAAUCGAUACAUAAACAUUGUUGCUUAUGAUCAUACCAGGGUUAAACUAGCACAGCUUGCAGAGAAGGAUGGAAAACUGACUGAUUACAUUAAUGCCAACUAUGUUGAUGGCUACAACAAGCCAAAAGCCUACAUUGCAGCUCAAGGGCCACUAAAAUCAACAGCAGAAGAUUUCUGGAGAAUGAUAUGGGAACAUAACGUAGAAGUUAUUGUGAUGAUAACUAAUCUCCUUGAGAAAGGAAGGAGAAAGUGUGACCAGUACUGGCCUGCUGAAGGUAGUGAAGAAUAUGGGAACUUCUUGGUUACUCAGAAGAGUGUCCAUGUACUUGCCUAUUACACUGUGAGGAAUUUUACUCUUAGAAACACAAAGAUCAAAAAGGGUUCCCAGAAAGGGAGGUCUAGUGGACGUGUAGUAACUCAGUACCAUUAUACCCAGUGGCCUGACAUGGGUGUUCCAGAGUACACGCUGCCCGUGCUCACCUUCGUGCGGAAGGCAUCGCAUGCCAAGCGCCAUGCUGUGGGGCCGGUUGUGGUUCAUUGCAGUACCUCACCUUUGAUGGAACAUUUGGAAAGAGAACCUCCUCAUGAAUUCUGUCCUUCUGGAGCUGACUCUGAGGAAGCCAACAGCGCUGGUGUUGGAAGGACAGGCACUUACAUAGUGUUAGACAGCAUGCUGCAGCAAAUUCAGCAUGAGGGGACAGUCAACAUAUUUGGAUUCUUAAAACACAUACGUACCCAAAGGAACUAUUUGGUGCAGACUGAGGAGCAAUACAUCUUCAUUCACGAUGCACUGGUUGAAGCAAUUCUCAGUAAAGAAACAGAAGUCCUUGAGACUCAUAUUCACGCCUAUGUUAAUGCACUCUUGAUACCUGGACCGACAGGAAAGACCCGGCUGGAGAAGCAAUUCAAGUUACUGAGCCAGUCUAACACACAGCAGUGUGAUUAUUCAACUGCACUCAAACAGUGUAACAGGGAAAAGAAUCGAACUUCAUCCAUCAUUCCUGUGGAAAGAUCUAGAGUGGGUAUCUCAUCACUGUCUGGUGAAGGUACAGACUACAUCAAUGCUUCCUAUAUUAUGGGUUACUAUCAAAGCAAUGAAUUCAUUAUUACCCAGCAUCCCUUGCUACACACUAUCAAGGAUUUCUGGAGAAUGAUAUGGGACCAUAAUGCCCAGCUAAUAGUCAUGCUCCCUGAUAGCCAGAAUAUGGCUGAAGAUGAAUUUGUGUACUGGCCAAACAAAGACGAGCCUAUAAACUGUGAGACUUUCAAAGUUACUAUGAUUGCUGAAGAACACAAGUGUCUGUCUAAUGAGGAAAAGCUCAUAAUCCAAGACUUUAUUUUAGAAGCUACACAGGAUGACUAUGUACUCGAAGUGAGGCAUUUUCAGUGUCCAAAAUGGCCAAAUCCUGAUAGUCCUAUUAGCAAAACCUUUGAACUGAUCAGCAUCAUCAAAGAGGAGACGUCCAACCGUGAUGGACCCAUGAUUGUACAUGAUGAGCACGGAGGGGUGACAGCAGGCACUUUCUGUGCUUUGACAACACUCAUGCAUCAACUGGAAAAUGAGAACUCAGUGGAUGUUUACCACGUAGCAAAGAUGAUAAAUUUGAUGAGGCCUGGAGUCUUUACAGACAUUGAACAGUACCAGUUUCUGUACAAAGCGAUUCUCAGCCUUGUCAGCACAAGGCAAGAGGAAAACCCUUCAGCAUCUAUGGACAGUAAUGGCUCAGCUUUGCCAGAUGGAAAUGCAGCUGAAAGUUUAGAAUCUUUAGUUUAAGUCACAGAGCAAAUUGAACACACAAACACUUGCACCACAUCAGUCACAUCUGGAGUUUACCAUUAUUCUUUUCAGUUUUAUACUCAGUGGGGGGAAAUCUGUCCAGUUCCUCUCUACAUAAUCAGUCCCCAACUCUUGUUCCACCAAAGUCAUUUCUGUGACAUAUGACUUUACCGAGGAACUUUUAUCAUUAACAAUGUGUGCCUUUUCUUGAACGAUUUCUUGUAAUACAUUGUUCUGUCUGGACUAACUUGAUUGACUUUUACAGUGUUUCUAAGAAUUGAAUUGUGGUACGUUUUUUCAGUAUUAGUUUUUGAUUUAUCUGGCUUUACUUUUAACUUAAAAUUAUCAUAUUUAUAGGUAUUAGGGGUUUCUCAAUUACAAACAAAUGUCAUGGUUUUAGUAUUUGAUUUAUUUGCUGUAUUUAUAACAAUCUACAUUUGCUAGAAAUAUAACUUUUAAUAUAGUAGAAUGUAAAUAAAAUACUGUUCUCCAUAACAUGCCCCAUUUUAAGACUUCAAUUAGACAUUUAGCAUAGUAAUCUGAUACUUACUGUAAAUACUGCUACUUCUAUAGUGAUUCCAUGGACCAAAUUUAUAUUUAUAAUUGUAGAUUUUUAUAUUUUACUACAGUCAGUUUUCUAGUUCUGUGUAAUUGCCUUGUUAAAAUGAUGUAGUCCAGUAUGUUUUUAUUUUAACAAAGUCUUCUGAUAUAUAAUUGUGCACAUUAAGCAAUUAACCUUCAUAUAGCUGCAUGUGAUUUUAACCUUUUGUGAGGAAUAGAAAUCAUUUGUUUUGAAAUGAGAAGUUUUUAUGAGAAUAACACCAGUACUUGGCAUUGUUAAAUUGUUUUUACCUAUGGCAUUGCAAAA